AUGAGAGGUGGAGAUGCUAAUCGAUGGUUGUUUGGCGAGCAGUUGAGAGAAAAGGAAAAGCAAUUAAAAGUAUUCAAAAAACAAAAAAGAAAACCAAUAGAGUUAUUAGAUAUUUGGUAUUUAUAA